ACGUGGUCGUGACGUGGACGUGGACGUGGUCGUGGACUUGGACGUGAACGUGGACCUGGACGUGGACCUGGACGUGGACGUGGACGUGGACGUGGACCUGGUCGUGGACGUGGACGUGGUCGUGGACCUGGACGUGGACAUCGACGUGGUCGUGGACUUGGAGGUGGUCGUGAACGUGGACGUGGACGUGGACGUCGACGUGGACGUGGACGUGGACGUCGACGUGGACGUGGUCGUGGACUUGGACGUGGUCGUGGACUUGGACGUGGACUUGGACGUGGACGUGGACGUGGACGUGGACGUGGACUUGGACGUGGACUUGGACGUGGACUUGGACGGGGACGUGGACGUGGUCGGGGACGUGGACGUGGACUUGGACUUGGACUUGGACGUGGACGUAGACGUGGACGUGGAAAUGUACGUGGACGUGGACGUGGACGUGGACUUGAACGUGUACGUGGACGUGGACGUGGUCGUGGACUUGGACGUGGACGUAGACGUGGACGUGGACGUGGACGUGGUCGUGGACGUGGACGUGGACUUGGACGUGGUCGUGGACGUGGUCGUGGACGUGGACGUGGACUUGGACGUGGACGUGGACGUGGACGUGGACGUGGACGUGGACUUGGACGUGGACGUGGACGUGGACGUGGACGUGGACGUGGACGUGGUCGUGAACGUGGACGUGGACUUGGACGUGGACGUGGUCGUGAACGUGGACUUGGUCAUAGACGUGGACGUGGACUUGGUCGUGGACGUGGACGUGGACGUGGUCGUGGACUUGGUCGUGGACGUUGACGUGGACGUGGACGUGGACGUGGACUUGGACGUGGUCGUGGACGUGGACGUGGACCUGGACGUGGACGUGGACGUGGACGUGGACGUCGACGUGGACCUGGACGUGAACGUGGACGUGGACUUGGACGUGGACGUGGACCUGGACGUGGACCUGGACGUGGACGUGGACGUGGACGUGGACCUGGACGUGGUCGUGGACGUGGACGUGGACGUGGUCGUGGACGUGGUCGUGGUCGUGGACGUGGACGUGGACGUGGUCGUGGACGUGGUCGUGGACGUGGACGUGGUGGUCGUGGACGUGGACGUGGACGUGGACGUGGACGUGAUCGUGGACGUGGACGUGGACUUGGACUUGGACUUGGACGUGGACAUGGACGUGGACGUGGACUUGGACGUGGACGUGGACGUGGACUUGGACGUGGACGUGGACGUGGACGUGGACCUGCAUGUUGACCUGAACGUGGACGUGGACGUGGACGUGGACGUGGACGUGGUCGUGGACGUGGACGUGGACGUGGACGUGGGCGUGGACGUGCACGUGGACGUGGUCGUGGACCUGGACGUGGACUUGGACGUGGACUUGGACGUAAACUGGACGUGGACGUUGACGUGGACUGGACUGGACGUGGACCUGGACGUGGACCUGGACGUGGACGUGGACGUGGACCUGGACGUGGACGUGGACGUGGACCUGGUCGUGGACGUGGACGUGAACGUGGACGUGGACGUGGACGUGGACGUGGACGUGGACGUGGACGUGGACUUGGACGGGGACGUGGACGUGGACGUGGACGUGGACGUGGACUUGGACGGGGACGUGGACGUGGUCGUGGACGUGGACUUGGACUUGGACUUGGACUUGGACGUGGACGUGGACGUGGACGUGUACGUGGACGUGGACGUGGACGUGGACUUGGACGUGGACGUAGACGUGGACUUGGACGUGGACGUGAACGUGGACGUGGACGUGGACGUGGUCGUGGACGUGGACGUGGACUUGGACGUGGUCGUGAACGUGGACGUGGACGUGGACGUGGAGUUGGACGUGGACGUGGUCUUGGACGUGGACGUGGAGUUGGACGUGGACAUGGACGUGGACGUGGACGUGGUCGUGGACGUGGACGUGGACUUGGACGUGGACGUGGACGUGGACGUGGUCGUGGACGUGGACCUGGUCGUGGACGUGGACGUGGACAUGGACGUGGAGGUGGUCGUGGACUUGGAGGUGGUCGUGGACGUGGACGUGGACGUGGACGUGGACGUGGUCGUGGACGUGGUCGUGGACUUGGACGUGGACUUGGACGUGGACGUGGACGUGGACGUGGACGUGGACGUGGACUUGGACGGGGACGUGGACGUGGUCGUGGAGGUGGACGUGGACUUGGACUUGGACUUGGACUUGGACGUGGACGUGGACGUGGACUUGGAGGUGGACUUGGAGGUGGUCGUGGACGUGGACGUGGACGUGGACGUAGUCGUGGACGUGGACGUGGACGUGUUGGACGUGGACGUGGUCUUGGACGUGUACAUGGAGUUGGACGUGGACGUGGACGUGGACGUUGACGUGGACGUGGACGUGGACUUGGACGUGGACGUGGACGUGGACGUGGACGUGGUCGUGGACGUGGACUUGGUCGUGGAUGUGGACGUGGACGUGGUCGUGGACUUGGAGGUGGACGUGGACGUGGACGUGGAUGUGGACGUGGACGUGGUCGUGGACGUGGACGUGGUCGUCGACGUGGACGUGGACGUGGACGUGGACGUGGACGUGGACGUGGACCUGGACGUGGACGUGGACGUGGACGUGGACGUGGACGUGGACGUGGUCGUGGACGUGGACGUGGACGUGGUCGUGGACGUGGACGUGGACGUGGUCGUGGACGUGGACGUUGUGACUGGACUGGACGUGGACCUGGACGUGGACCUGGACGUGGACGUGGACGUGGACCUGGACGUGGACGUGGACGUGGACCUGGUCGUGGACGUGGACGUGAACGUGGACGUGGACGUGGACGUGGACGUGGACGUGGACGUGGACGUGGACUUGGACGGGGACGUGGACGUGGACGUGGACGUGGACGUGGACUUGGACGGGGACGUGGACGUGGUCGUGGACGUGGACUUGGACUUGGACUUGGACUUGGACGUGGACGUGGACGUGGACGUGUACGUGGACGUGGACGUGGACGUGGACUUGGACGUGGACGUAGACGUGGACUUGGACGUGGACGUGAACGUGGACGUGGACGUGGACGUGGUCGUGGACGUGGACGUGGACUUGGACGUGGUCGUGAACGUGGACGUGGACGUGGACGUGGAGUUGGACGUGGACGUGGUCUUGGACGUGGACGUGGAGUUGGACGUGGACAUGGACGUGGACGUGGACGUGGUCGUGGACGUGGACGUGGACUUGGACGUGGACGUGGACGUGGACGUGGUCGUGGACGUGGACCUGGUCGUGGACGUGGACGUGGACAUGGACGUGGAGGUGGUCGUGGACUUGGAGGUGGUCGUGGACGUGGACGUGGACGUGGACGUGGACGUGGUCGUGGACGUGGUCGUAGACUUCGACGUGGACGUGGAGGUGGUCGUGGACUUGGAGGUGGUCGUGGACGUGGACGUGGACGUGGACGUGGACGUGGACGUGGUCGUGGACGUGGUCGUGGACUUGGACGUGGACUUGGACGUGGACGUGGACGUGGACGUGGACGUGGACGUGGACUUGGACGGGGACGUGGACGUGGUCGUGGAGGUGGACGUGGACUUGGACUUGGACUUGGACUUGGACGUGGACGUGGACGUGGACUUGGAGGUGGACUUGGAGGUGGUCGUGGACGUGGACGUGGACGUGGACGUGGUCGUGGACGUGGACGUGGACGUGGACGUGUUGGACGUGGACGUGGUCUUGGACGUGUACGUGGAGUUGGACGUGGACGUGGACCUGGACGUGGACGUUGACGUGGACGUGGACGUGGACUUGGACGUGGACGUGGACGUGGACGUGGUCGUGGACGUGGAGUUGGUCGUGGAUGUGGACGUGGACGUGGACUUGGAGGUGGACGUGGACGUGGACGUGGACGUGGACGUGGUCGUGGACGUGGAGGUGGACGUGGUCGUGGACGUGGUCGUGGACGUGGUCGUGGACGUGGACGUGGACGUGGUCGUGGACGUGGUCGUGGACGUGGACGUGGACGUGGUCGUGGACGUGGACGUGGUGGUCGUGGACUUGGAGGUGGUCGUGGACGUGGACGUGGACGUCGACGUGGACGUGGACGUGGUCGUGGACGUGGUCGUGGACUUGGACGUGGACUUGGACGUGGACGUGGACGUGGACGUGGACGUGGACUUGGACGGGGACGUGGACGUGGUCGUGGACGUGGACUUGGACUUGGACUUGGACGUGGACGUGGACGUGUACGUGGACGUGGACGUGGACGUGGACUUGGACGUGGACGUGGACGUGGACUUGGACGUGGACGUAGACGUGGACGUGGACGUGGACGUGAUCGUGGACGUGGACGUGGACUUGUACGUGGUCGUGAACGUGGACGUGGAAGUGGAGUUGGACGUGGACGUGGACGUGGACGUGGACGUGGACGUGGACGUGGUCGUGGACGUGGACGUGGACGUGGACGUGGACGUGGACGUGGACGUGGUCGUGGACGGGGACGUGGAAGUGGUCGUGGACGUGGAAGUGGUCGUGGACGUGGACGUGGACAUGGACGUGGUCGUGGACGUGGUCGUGGAAGUGGUCGUGGACUUGGACGUGGACGUGGACGUGGACGUGGACGGGGACUUGGACUUGGACGUGGAUGUGGUCGUGGAUGUGGACGUGGACGUGGACGUGGACUUGGACUUAGACGUGGACGUGGACGUGGACCUGGACGUGGACGUGGUCGCCGUGGACUUGGACACGUGUACUGGACGUGGACUUGGACGUGGACGUGGACGUGGACGUGGACGUGACGUGGACGUGGACGUGGACUUCGACGUGGACGUGGACGUGGACGUGGACGUGGACGUCGACGUGGACGUGGAAGUGGUCGUGGACGUGGUCGUGGACUUGGACAUGGACGUGGACGUGGACGGGGACGUGGACGUGGUCGUGGACGUGGACUUGGACUUGGACUUGGACUUGGACGUGGACGUGGACGUGGAAAUGUACGUGGACGUGGACGUGGACGUGGACUUGGACGUGGACGUGGACGUGGAAAUGUACGUGGACGUGGUCGUGGACGUGGACUUGGACUUGGACUUGGACUUGGACGUGGACGUGGACGUGGAAAUGUACGUGGACGUGGACGUGGACUUGGACUUGGACGUGGACGUGAACGUGGACGUGGACUUGGACGUGGACGUGGACGUGGACGUGGACGUGGACGUGGACGUGGUCGUGGACGUGGACGUGGACGUGGACGUGGACGUGGUCGUGGACGUGGUCGUGGAAUUGGACGUGGACUUGGACGUGGACGUGGACGUGUACGUGGAAAUGUACGUGGACGUGGACGUGGACGUGGUCGUGGACUUGGACGUGGACGUGGACGUGGACGUGGACGUGGACUGGGACCUGGACCUGGACGUGGUCGUGGACGUGUACCUGGACGUGGACGUGGACAUGGUCGUGGAGGUGGACGUGGACGUGGACGUGGUCGUGGACGUGGACUUGGACGUGGACGUGGUCGUGGACGUGGACGUGGACGUGGACGUGGACGUGGUCGUGGACGUGGACGUGGACGUGGACGUGGUCGUGGACGUGGACAUGGUCGUGGACGUGGACGUGGACGUCGACGUGGACGUGGACGUGGACGUGGUCGUGGACGUGGUCGUGGACUUGGACGUGGACUUAAACGUGGACGUGGACGUGGACGUGGAUGUGGACUUGGACGGGGACGUGGACGUGGUCGUGGACGUGGACGUUGACUUGGACUUGGACUUGGACUUGGACUUGGACGUGGACGUGGACGUGUACGUGGAAAUGUACGUGGACGUGGACGUGGACCUGGACGUGGACGUGGACGAGGACGUGGACGUGGACGUGGACGUGGACGUGGACGUGGACGUGGACAUGGACAUGGUCGUGGACGUGGACGUGGACUUGGACGUGGUCGAGGACGUGGUCGUGGACGUGGACGUGGACUUGGACGUGGACGUGGACGUGGACGUGGUCGUGGACGUGGACGUGGACUUGGACGUGGACGUGGACGUGGUCGUGGACGUGGACGUGGACUUGGACUUGGACGUGGACGUGGUCUUGGACGUGUACGUGGAGUUGGACGUGGACGUGGACCUGGACGUGGACGUUGACGUGGACGUGGACGUGGACUUGGACUUGGACGUGGACGUGGACGUGGUCGUGGACGUGGAGUUGGUCGUGGAUGUGGACGUGGACGUGGACUUGGAGGUGGACGUGGACGUGGACGUGGACGUGGACGUGGACGUGGUCGUGGACGUGGAGGUGGACGUGGACGUGGUCGUGGACGUGGUCGUGGACGUGGACGUGGACGUGGUCGUGGACGUGGACGUGGUGACACGUGGACGUGGACGUGGACGUGGUCGUGGACGUGGUCGUGGACGUGGACGUGGUGACGUGGACGUGGACGUGGACGUGGACGUGGACGUGGACGUGGACCUGGACGUGGUCGUGGACGUGGACGUGGUCGUGGACGUGGACGUGGACGUGGUCGUGGACGUGGUCGUGGACGUGGACGUGGUCGACGUGGACGUGGUCGUGGACGUGGACGUGGUGACGUGGAACGUGGACGUGGACGUGGACGUGGACGUGGACCUGGACGUGGUCGUGGACGUGGACGUGGUCGUGGACGUGGACGUGGACGUGGUCGUGGACGUGGUCGUGGGACUGGACGUGGACCUGGACGUGGACCUGGACGUGGACGUGGACGUGGACGUGGACGUGGACGUGGACGUGGACCUGGUCGUGGACGUGGACGUGAACGCGGACGUGGUCGUGGACUUGGACGUGGACGUGGAGGUGGUCGUGGACGUGGACGUGGACGUCGACGUGGACGUGGACGUGGUCGUGGACGUGGUCGUGGACUUGGACGUGGACUUGGACGUGGACGUGGACGUGGACGUGGACGUGGACUUGGACGGGGACGUGGACGUGGUCGUGGACGUGGACUUGGACUUGGACUUGGACUUGGACGUGGACGUGGACGUGUACGUGGACGUGGACGUGGACGUGGGACUUGGACGUGGAACGUGGACGUGGACUUGGACCGUGGACGUAGACGUGGACGUGGACGUGGACGUGAUCGUGGACGUGGACGUGGACUUGUACGUGGUCGUGAACGUGGACGUGGAAGUGGAGUUGGACGUGGACGUGGACGUGGACGUGGACGUGGAUGUGGUCGUGGACGUGGACGUGGACGUGGACGUGGACGUGGACGUGGAGUUGGACGUGGACGUGGACGUGGACGUGGACGUGGACGUGGACUUGGACGUGGUCGUGAACGUGGACAUGGACGUGGACGUGGAGUUGGACGUGGACGUGGACGUGGACUUGGACGUGGACUUGGACUUGGACGUGGACGUGGUCGUGGACGUGGACGUGGACUUGGACGUGGACGUGGACGUGGUCGUGGACGUGGACGUGGUCGUGGACGUGGACGUGGACGUGGAGGUGGACUUGGAGGUGGUCGUGGACGUGGACGUGGACGUGGACGUGGUCGUGGACGUGGACGUGGACGUGGACCUGGACGUGGACGUGGACGGGAACGUGGACGUGGUCGUGGACGUGGUCGAGGACGUGGACGUGGACGUGGACGUGGACGUGGACGUGGACGUGGACCUGGACGUGGUCGUGGACGUAGACGCGGACGUGGACGUGGACGUGGACGUGGACGUGGACGUGGACGUGGACUUGGAGGUGGUCGUGGACGUGGACGUGGACGUGGACGUGGUCGUGGACGUAGACGUGGACUUGGACGUGGACUUGGACGUGGACGUGGACGUGGACGUGGACGUGGACCUGCACGUUGACCUGCACGUGGACGUGGACGUGGACUUAGACGUGGUCGUGGACGUGGACGUGAACGUGGACGUGGACGUGGACGUGGUCGUAGACGUGGUCGUGGAGUUGGACGUGGACCUGGACGUGGACGUGGACGUGGUCGUGGACGUGGACGUGGACUUGGACGUGGACGUGGUCGUGGACGUGGACGUGGUCGUGGACGUGGACGUGGACGUGGAGGUGGACGUGGAGGUGGUGGUCGUGGACCGUGGACUGGACGUGGACUUGGACGUGGACUUGGACUUGGACGUGGACGUGGACGUGGACGUGGACGUGGACGUGGACGUGGACUUGGACGUGGACGUGGACGUGGUCGUGGACGUGGACGUGAGAUUGGACGUGGUCGUGGACGUGGUCGUGGACGUGGACGUGGACGUGGACUUGGACGUGGACGUGGACGUGGUCGUGGACGUGGACGUGGACGUGGACGUGGACUGGAGUGUGGUCGUGGACGUGGACGUGGACGUGGACGUGGACGUGGUCGUGGACGUGGUCGUGGACUUGGACGUGGACGUGGACGUGGUCGUGGACUUGGACGUGGUCGUGGACGUGGACGUGGACGUGGACGUGGACGUGGACGUGGUCGUGGACUUGGACGUGGACGUGGACGUGGACGUGGACGUGGACGUGGACGUGGACGUGGACGUGGUCGUGGACGUGGACGUGGACGUGGACGUGGACUUGGACGUGGACGUGGACGUGGACGUGGACGUGGACGUGGACUUGGACGUGGACGUGGACGUGGACGUGGACUUGGACGUGGACGUGGACGUGGACGUGGACGUGGUCGUGGACGUGGACGUGAACGUGGACGUGGUCGUGGACGUGGACGUGGACGUGGACUGGACUUGGACGUGGACGUGGACGUGGUCGUGGACGUGGACGUGGACGUGGACGUGGACGUGGAGUGGUUGUGGACGUGGACGUGGACGUGGACGUGGACGUGAAGUGGACGUGGACGUGGACGUGGACGUGGACGUGGACGUGGACUUGGACGUGGACUUGGACGUAACCUGGACGUGGACGUGGACGUGGACGUGGACGUGGACGUGGACGUGGACGUGGACGUGGACUUGGACGUGGACUGGACGUGGACGUGGACGUGGACUGGACGUGGACGUGGACGUGGACGUGGACGUGGUCUUGGACGUGGACGUGGACGUGGACGUGGUCGUGGACGUGGACGUGGACGUGGACGUGGACGUGGACGUGGACGUGGACGUGGACGUGGUCGUGGACGUGGACGUGGACGUGGACGUGGACUUGGACGUGGACGUGGACGUGGACGUGGACGUGGACGUGGACGUGGACGUGGACGUGGACGUGGACGUGGACGUGGACGUGGACGUGGACGUGGACGUGGACGUGGACGUGGACGUGGUCGUGGACGUGGACGUGGACGUGGACGUGGACGUGGUCGUGGACGUGGACGUGGUGACGUGGACGUGGACGUGGACGUGGACGUGGACGUGUCGUGGACGUGGACGUGGUCGUGGACGUGGACGUGACGUGGACGUGGUCGUGGACGUGGACGUGGACGUGGACGUGGACGUGGACGUGGUCGUGGACGUGGACGUGGUCGUGGACGUGGACGUGGACGUGGACGUGGACGUGGACGUGGACGUGGACGUGGACGUGGACGUACGUGGACGUGGACGUGGACGUGGUCGUGGACGUGGACGUGGACGUGACGUGGACGUGGACGUGGUCGUGGACGUGGACGUGGACGUGGACGUGGACGUGGACGUGGACGUGGACGUGGACGUGGACGUGGACGUUGACGUGGACGUGGACGUGGACGUGGACGUGGACGUGGACGUGGACGUGGUCGUGGACGUGGACGUGGACGUGGACGUGGACGUGGACGUGGACGUGGACGUGGUCGUGGACGUGGACGUGGACGUGGACGUGGACGUGGACGUGGACGUGGUCGUGGACGUGGACGUGGACGUGGACGUGGACGUGGUCGUGGACGUGGACGUGGACGUGGACGUGCGGGACGUGGACGUGGACGUGGACUUGGACGUGGACGUGGACGUGGACGUGGACGUGGACGUGGACUUGGACGUGGACGUGGACGUGGACCUGGACGUGGACGUGGACGUGGACGUGGACGUGGACGUGGACGUGGUCGUGGACGUGGACGUGGUCGUGGACGUUGACGUGGACGUGGACGUGGACCUGGACGUGGACCUGGACGUGGACGUGGACGUGGACGUGGACGUGGACGUGGUCGUGGACGUGGACCUGGACGUGGACGUGGACGUGGUCGUGGACGUGGACUUGGUCGUGGACGUGGACGUGAACGUGGACGUGGACUUGGACGUGGUCGUGACGUGGACGUGGACGUGGACGUGGACGUGGUCGUGA